AUGACUCCAAGAUACAUAGUUGCUGCUUUGAAAGACAGAGAUUCAGAAAACCUCACGAGUGUUACUCAGGUGUAUACAGCUAAAGCUACAUACAGAACGAGCAAGAGAGGUGCAUUGACAGAAAUGCAGAUGUUGUUGAGCUUUAUUCAUAAAGAGAAAUACAUGUGUUGGACUAGAAAUAGAGAUAACUCUGAUGUUGUAGCUGAUACCUUUUGGACACAUUUGGAUUAUGUGAAGUUGCUGAAUAUGUUUCAUUUGGUGUUGAUUUUUGAUUGCACAUACAAGACAAACAUGUAUCAGAUACAAUUACUUAAGAUUGUCGGUGUUACGCCAACGAACUUGACGUUUUCAGUUGCCUUUGCGCAUUUGGAACAUGAAAGGAAGGAGAAUUUCACAUGGGCACUGGAGAAGCUCAAAAAUUUGUUCUCUUCGAAAAUAUUGCCACUGAAGGUUGUGGUGACGAAUGGAGAACUUGCAUUAAUGAAUGCCAUGGAAUAUGUGUUCCCAUAUGCAACACAUAUGUUGCGUUCGUUCCGUAUUUCAAAAAACGUGAGCAUAAAAUAUAGAGAAUACGUCAAAUAA